CAAGAGCGAAAAAGCGCACCACAACGAGACGAGCCUCGCGAUCUCAAGUUCCAGUGGCCGCCGAAAGAAAAGCGACAAAACUUCUCACCCGACAUCGAGGACCACCCCGCCCGGCAACCACAUCAAGAUGGUCCGUUACGCUGCUCAGGAGAUUCCGGCCGCUAAGAGCGCCCGCGCCCGGGGCUCUUACCUGCGUGUCAGCUUCAAGAACACCCGCGAGACCGCCCAGGCCAUCAACGGCAUGAAGCUGCAGCGCGCUCUCACCUUCCUCGGCAACGUCACCAACAAGGCCGAGGCCGUCCCCAUGCGCCGCUACGCCGGCAGCACUGGUCGCUGCGCUCAGGGCAAGCAGUGGGGUGUCAGCAAGGCCCGCUGGCCCGUCAAGUCCGCCGAGUUCCUGAUCGACCUCCUCAAGAACGCCGAGUCCAACGCCGACACCAAGGGUCUCGACACCGGCAACCUCAUUGUCAAGCACAUCCAGGUCAACCAGGCUCCCAAGGGCCGCAGACGUACUUACCGUGCCCACGGUCGUAUCAACCCCUACAUGACCAACCCUUGCCACAUCGAGCUGAUCCUUACCGAGGGUGAGGAGUUCGUCCAGAAGGGCCCUCACGUUGUCAAGCGCGAGGAGGCUCGCCUCAGCUCCCGCCAGCGCGGUGCUGAGAUCCGCCGUGCCAUCCAGGCAUAAGCGGUUUGUGGGUGUCGGGGGGAAAGUAGUAAAGUAGUCGGAAAAUGAAUGGGAAAGCCGGAGUUUUCUGUUGUACGGAACAAAUACCUGGUCACGGAAGGAAUACAAAAAUUAAAUUUUUGCCAAAAAUUCGAAUAUCACGGGCACCGAUGAUGAUUCUCGGCUCGUAACUGUCUUGUUAUGAACGUGUUCCUUGCGUCUUGACUCUUGUUCCGACCUUCCCUCUGGUUUUGCCUCUGGACUUGGAGAAGAGCCGGGCAGUCUUUUGCACGUCGCCCACGGCUCUUUACGACGAACGAAUGUCAUUACCGAGGUACAACCUGACCCGGUACUCUUCUCAUAUACUUCGAAAUACUAUUGAGCGUCUCUUUUUUUCAUGAAUGGGUUACGGAAUCAUUGUCUACGAUCUUGACUGGGUGCGCUGAUGCCAGGACUAUCUAACCUGUCCACCUCUUGGCUGGGUUAUGGGGAAUUGCAUCCCUCAGCCCUAUCGUAAUCGUAGGUAGUCACUGGAUGAUCCUCGAUCAUAGUUAUGCGGUCGAGAUUGGCCUGCCCAUGGGUAACCCGACAGGAUACCUAGCACUGCGUACAACACUCGGACUUAUACCCACCAGUCUUGUCAGCCAGUUGCAUAGUGUCCGGCCAACAGCGACUGGUCUGUAAGGCCAAGGGUGGCUGUGCUUCCAUGCAACGCUGGCCACGAGACCCGGACAGACUGCGAGGACUCGUUGCUUUUUGAGCUUAAUGAAAGUCCACGAAUAAUGUCCCUAGAGAUAGAAUGUAACAAGUACCCACAAAGACUGAUGACGAUGUAAGAUCUUUAAAAGUCGCUUGGAAAUAAAGUAUAUAUACGUAUGCCGAUGUGUCAACGAUCGCAUUUGCCUGGAUCGCCGCGCAAAGUCCCAGGCAUCACCAUUCCUGACGAAUGGAGAAGGGUUCGGCCAAGAAUCAGGACGAUCUAAGGAUAGAAAAAGGGCUUGCGUGUCGUCGGGUUUGCCACUUUGAUGGUCUGCCUAGAACUGGAACGGACGCUGGAACUGGAACCUGGGGGCCUGAGGGGAGUCCUCCUUACCUAAGCGCUGUUUAUCAUUCGGACA